AUGAGCUUGUCUAAUGCCUAUGAAGAACCAGUUGGGACCAUAAACAAUUCAUUAAAGAGGGAGUCUGUUGACAUAGGAAUUCCUAACGAACUGUUAGAGCCUGAAGAAUGGGAAAACAUGCCCGAAAACUCAGAAUUACAAGACGCAAUGAAAAGCUUAGAAUUGAGCAUAGAACGUAAAAUGAUUAUUAACAAGAAACGAAGGCUACAAAUUUUCGAGGAAAGCAGGGAUAUCAAAAAUUCCAUCAAAUAUUUGGAAUUCGAGUCUUAUGACGAAUAUUUUACGUUGAGAAAGUUCAAAAGGGGAAUCUCAGCUAGCGGAAAAGUUGGGUCUGAUGACGGCAGGUUUAAAAGUACAGGAAUAUAUUAUGAGAAGAUUUCAAGAAGCGGGCCAGGAGACAACAAGGGCGACAGGGACGCCAAUUACAUAGACAAUGACGACGAUAAUCUGAGGAAAACUUCUACUGGAAAGAGACGAACUACUCGGUCACAAGUUUCUAAGGUAAAGCAAGAGUUUACAGAUCCGGUCCUGUUGGCACGAAGCCAAACGAAAUCGUCACCUACCUUUUUCGACACCACCAUAUCGGUGGGUAGCAUCAUUCCAUCAGAUAAUACCGAUAGUAAUAUAAGACGGUCCUCGCGGCUUUCCCAGAGGGAAAGGGAUAUCUUGGAAAGAAAAGCCAAGAGACUGGAAGAAAAAGAGCCGGCUGACGCAUCACUCAACAUUUCAGAUCUGUUCGAGUCAAUAGUACCAAAGGUCGUAGAGCCCGUCCGGCGCUCAGACUGGCUGUUACCCAACAAAAAUCGCUUUUUACCGGAGAAAUUCGCUCCAGUGAAACAUACACCCGAACAAAUUAAAAUCAAUGACUUGAUCCACAAUAGCAAGAUCCGUAAAAUCAUGAAGCGGUUUAAGGGAGGUUUGGCUGGUGUAAGGAAAAAGGAUUGGGACUACGGUUCAGUACCAAAUCAACCGGGGAAGAUAAGUGCAUGA